CUUCCUCAUAUACUAAAAUCGUUGUUGGAAACCGACAACAAAUAAUUAUUGGCAAAGCCAAGAAACACCCCAAAGAAAUGCAGAGUGUGUACUGGAUGGAGUUCGCAGCACGACAAGGAGACGUAAACAGUCUCUACGAAAUCAUUGAAAAUGAUCCAUCUGUUUUAGAAACAAUAGAUUCAAUACCAUUUGUUGAAUCUCCCUUGCAUGUUGCUGCACGUGCAGGGCAGGUUCAGUUUGCCGCNGAGAUCAUGACANUGAAACCUUCAUUUGCUUGGAAGUUCAAUCCCCAAGGACGCAGACCGAUCCACCUUGCUCUCGAAAAUGGCGACACCACAAUGGUCCUUCACCUUAUAAACAUGGACAAAGAACUGGUUCGAGCGAAAAGGAGAGAAGGUCUCACUCUUUUGCAUUUGGCAAGUGAAUCCGGAGACAUACACCUUUUAACUGAGUUUCUCAAAGCUUGCCCAGAUUCCGUAAAAGAUUUGACCGUUAGAAAUGAGACUGCACUGCAUUUUGCUGUUACAUACCGGAACUUAGAUACUCUUAGGUUCUUACUAAGAUGGCUCACGACAAAUACGGUUGAGUUGCAAGCCAUUCUGAAUCAGAAAGACGUUGACGGCAACACCAUUUUACACAUUGCAGCAACGAACAAUGACACGCAGGCAAUGCAAUUGUUGAUGAAGAACAUGACAGAUUUAGAUGCUGCAAAUUUGAGUGGCGAAACGGCAUUUGAUAUAAUAAAAGACGAAGAAAUUAAGAAGAAUCUGGUAAGGGCUGAAGCAAGAGUUAAGAUGAUAAAGAAAGUCCGUUGGUUAAUGGUAUCAAUGAGAGAGUGGCUAAUUAGAAAAACUGGUAUGAGGGGGAAGAUGUCGGAUGAGAUACGUAGAGUGUACAUGAUAGUGGCUACUCUUGUUGCAACCGCCACCUAUAACGCUGCAGUGAGNCCACCUGGUGGAGUUCAUCAGAUUCAANCAGCUGGGACUAAUAACACUGCCAUUCAUGUGGCAUCAAAUACAUCAAAAGUUUAUGAAGGGAAAUCAGUGAUGUCGAGCUCCGACUUUAUGCUGUUUUCGAUCACAAAUUCGUCUGCAUUUAUUGUGUCCCUUGUAUCAAUUAUUUUUAUGAUGCCGAGGAAUCUUGGAUGGGUUCUACUGCAUACGUCAGCAUCGCUUUUUAUAUUUAGCUACUUCCUCUCUUUGAUGGUCGUAUCUCCCAAUGACAUGACCACAAACCUGUCGGGCAUCAUUCUCGUACUCCUUUUUUAUUCAAUCGGUGUGGUGGGUGGUGUUUUUUUCACACCUUAAUUAGUUAUGUUCGUUUAUUCGGACCGGUUGUUUAUUUCGGUUUUAA